AUGAGGUCUACUCAGGAGGAUGAGUAUUCCCUUGUAGAAGCUGAAACUGAUCUACAGAAUCUGUUUGAGAUGAGGCGAGAGUCUCAGGAUUCAGAUUAUUUGAUGGAAGAAACCUUAUCGGCAGAUUCAAAGCAUUCUUAUAGAAUUCUUGGGAUUUUGAAAGACAAGAGUUUAGGCUCCUGGGUUUCAGAGACUCAGCUUUCAGAGACCCGGGCUGCAAAGGCUCAGGCCUGGGAGACCCAGGCUUUUGAGGCUCAAGCCAGGGCCAACCAACCCAAGCGAAGUCUUCCAGAGGCAACAGCUGCCUCGGUCCCAAAACACAAACCCUUCAAGGAGGAAGAAGUAACAAAUAAUAAACAAAAUGAUGUCUUCCUUAGCCGUCCUCUGUGGUCCAGCAAAGCUGAAUACAUUCUGGCCCAGCUGGGCUACUCUCUGAGGCCAGUCAAUUUCUGGCGCUUUAUCUUCUUGUGCCUUCACUCAGGAGGCUGCAGCUUCUUCAUUAUCUACGUCAUCAUGCUGUUCUUGGUUGGGAUCCCACUUCUCUUCCUGGAGAUGGCAGUUGGUCAGCAAAUGAAUCAGGAUAGCCUAGAUUCAUGGAAGAUCAUUGGCCCCUGGUCUGGUGGUGUGGGGUAUACCGCCUUUCUGGUAUGCUUCGUCACCAGCACUUACGUGAAUGUGAUCAAUUCCUGGAUCCUCUUCUAUGUGAGUCAUUCCUUCCAGGCCCAUGUUCCAUGGCAGAAAUGUCCUUUAUUGAAGAAUUCCACUGUCUUUGAUCCCGAGUGUGCACGGACAUCUCCCUCCAUGUACUACUGGUACAGGAAGAUCUUAAAGGCCUCAAACACAAUUGAAGAUGGUGGGCUCCCAGCCUUGAGUCUGAGUAUGCCUUACUUUCUGGCCUGGUGUCUUGUUUGUGCUUUCAUGAUCAACGGGCUAAAGUCCACUGGGAAGGUACUGUAUAUCUUAGUGCCGCUUUCCUGUUUCAUCAUAUUCUGUUUACUCAUCCGGAGUCUCAUGCUGGACGGGGCAAUGUAUGGCCUUCAGUAUUUGCUGAAAAUCAAGACAUCAACUAUGUACAGCUUCACUACAUGGUCUGUAGCAGGCUGCCAAGUUUUGUUUGAUCUGGGCCUAGGAUUUGGCCCCGUUAUCUCCUUAGCUUCGCACAUGCCUCGCUCCAACAACUGUCUCAGUGAUGCCUUUCUCUUGGCUCUGGCCAAGAUAGUCAUCUUGUUGCUUAUUACACCUUGCCUUUUUGCUAUCCUGGGCUUCUGGGCAACAUCCGUCACACAUCGCUGCAGUGAGAGGAAUACUGAGUCCAUCAUAAAGAUGAUCAUCCAAGGAGACCUCCCUCCUGAGGCCCAGCCCCCUGCUGACAUGGGAGAGGACCCCACUUUCAUCUAUAGCACCUGGCUCGAAGCACUUCCUGAGCACCUUCAGGUGCUGGUCCGCAGCAAGGUGCCUGAAUGCAGCAAACGCAAUCAGUUUUUAAAGAUUAAGGAGGGGACGCACUUUGUGAUCCCAACACUGGUUGAAGUCACAUCAACCCUUCCUGGAUCUACCUUAUGGUCUCUCCUCCUGUUCCUGAUGAUGCUGAGUGGGGGACUGAGCACCACCAUGGGGUUCAUGCAUGGUCUCAUUAUUCCUCUCCAGGACACCUUCUCUUCUCUGAGGAAACAAUCCAGGCCGCUCACAGUGGGCAUAUCUAUGAUCAUGUUCCUGUGUGGCCUCUUCUUCAUUCGACCUUCAGGCUCCUACUUCAUCAGACUGCUGAAUAUCUACUGCACCAUCUUCCCCGCUAUCUUCAUCCUCUUAUGUGAAAACAUUGCUGUGGCCUGGGCCUACGGGGCCAAGAGGUUCAUUGAGGAAUUGAAAAUCCUGUGGAGCAACCCUGUCUCCCGUGUGUUUGUUUGCCUGUGGCGCUUUGUGAAUCCAGUUGUGCUGGUAGCCCUGUUAGUGGCCAUCCUGAUUCAUCUCUCAAUGAAGCCCCUCAUCUAUGUGGCCUGGAACUCAGAAAAUUCAACUCAGAUCCUUCGCCUGUACCCACCAUGGGGACUGGUCUUGGUGGUUUUUUCUCUUAUCAUUUUACUCUUCCCCAUUCCUGUGUACUUUGUAUACUGCCUGGCCUACAGGAUUCCCUUCAAGUCCAAGAGCCGGAUCAGCUCUAUAACAUCCUUCAAAUCCCUAACCCUAAGAGAUCAGAAAAGGUCCAAUAACAAGUCCUCAGAGGAGGAAAUUCUACAAUGAUCAACCUAUCGUCUGAUUUCCUCACUUCAUUUGGCCUGACAUCAUGACAUAUUCUUUAAAAUAAAUAAAAACUUAACAGGCAACUCGCCAGCUUGGAACUGUUGAUGGCCCUGGAUCCAGAACCACUUUCAUCCCCCAAGGUAGGGGGCUUCCUUGAGGAAAACCAC